AUGUUGGGAUUUGGGAUCCAGGGCUGGGAUUUGGGAUCCAUGCUUCGAUCAGUUUUUUUCCAUUUUUUAAAAUUUAUUUCCAGAUAUUACUACAACAAGAGGAUCCUGCACAAGACCAAGGGCAAAAGAUUCACCUACAAAUUCAACUUCAACAAGCUGGUGAUGCCCAAUUAUCCCUUCAUCAACAUCCGGCCCAACGGCGUGGUCCCUCAGAGCGCCCCGCCCGUGCCCACCGCCUCCUCCCGCUUCCACUUCCCCCCUCUGGAGCCGCACUCUCCCAGCGAGGAGGGCCCGGGCCGCUUCGCGCCGGGAUCGCUGCUGCCGCCGCACGCCGAGCCGGCGCUGCCGGACCCCGAGCGCAAGGCCGAGCCCGCCGAGCUGGAGGAGAGCGCCCCGGACUGGCGCCGGGACCUGCUGGCUCCGCCGCACGCCGCGGCCGCCGCCGCCGCCGCCGCGGGGCCCAAGCGCAAGCCCGAGGUGGUGCUGCCGCUCUUCUCGCGGCCCGGGAUGUUCCCCGAGCACCCGCACAGCCCCUUCGCCGUCUCGCCGCUGCCGGGCCGCCCCGGCGUGCUCAACGUGCCCAUCUCGCCGGCGCUGUCCCUCACCCCCACGCUCUUCUCCUACAGCCCGUCGCCGGGGCUCAGCCCCUUCGCCGCCGCCGGCAGCAGCUGCUUCUCCUUCAACCCCGAGGAGAUGAAGCACUACCUGCACUCGCAGGCCUGCUCCGUGUUCAACUACCACCUGAGCCCGCGGACUUUCCCCCGCUACCCGCUGGUGGUGCCGCCGCUGCAGUGCCCGGUGCCGCUGGAGGAGCAGCCGCAGUUCCCCAUCAAGCUGCAGCCGCCGCCCGCCGGCCGCAAGAACCGCGAGCGCCUGGAGAGCCCCGAGGGCACCGCCGCCACCGCCGAGCCGCCGCUGCCCCGCGUCAAGGUGGAGCCGGCGCCGGACAAGGAGGAGGAGGAGGAGGAGGAGAAGCCGGAGAAGCGCCACGGGGAGGAAGAGGAGGAGCAGGAGGAGGAGGAAGAGGAGAAGGUGCCGGUUUUCGCCCGCCCGGCGGCUCCGGCCUGGGCACCCGUCCCCGCUCAGCCCGGCUCGUCCGGAGAGGAGAAUGCGGAGAAAACAGCGCGGGAUUGCUCCGGGGACGGCGCGGGGCAGGAGAGGAGGGAGGACGCCCUGAUGCCCCCCAAGCUGCGGCUGAAGCGCCGCUGGAACGGAGAUUCCCGGCAGGAAAUGCCCGAGGAGCCCCGGCCCAACGGGGUCUGGCACCUGCCCAAAGCCGUGGCCGCCGCCUCCGACACCUAAUCCCGGCUGGAACAAAAAAACCUUGGAAAACACCCGGAGAAACAUCCGUGUAUUUAUGUAGCAAGGUUGCAGAGCGGUUUGGGAUAGGGGCGGGGAGGGGGGCGGGGUAGGUCCGGGGGCUUUUAGGGAAUUUCGGGGGUGGGAGAAGGGAGGGGGGCGGGAGCUGCGGGCUUUGUGUUGUUUCUGUUGUUGACUUGCAGGUGAAGAGGCGGCCGGAAUUCCCGCUCGGUUUUCCCGGGAAAAGCCGGCUCGAGCUCCAGGACUGGGAUGGAGGAUUUCCAGGCGCGGCCGCGGGGCUGCUCCCGGGCUUUUUGGGACUCCGGGAAUCUCCAGAUCCAGGGGGGGUUUUUUUUUUGGGAUUUUUCGUUUUUUCCACGGAUGCGAGGUUUCCUCCCCGGCCAUCCAGGAGCUGGUUUGGUUCUUCUUUUUUUUUUUUCUUUUUCUUUUUUUUUUUUGGGGAAAAGGAGGAGCUUGGGAAUUUUGCAUCGGGAAUUUUGCACUGUCCACGGAGCGGGGUUGGGGGGGGGGGGGAAGAGGAUUCAGGAAAACUCGGAAAAUCGGGAUGGAGGCCGCGUCGUUCCCGGCGGAUUUCCGGGGAAAAUUCCCCUUUUCCCGCCUUUUUUUUCUCUCUCUCGCAGAAGCCAUGAGCAAAACUCUCCAAACUUUUUCAGGGAAUGGGAACGGGAAUAACACAAAAUUAACCGGAUGCCUUUAAUCCUAACGCAUUAAAAAUGUUGGGGUUUGGUUCUUUUCGUUUCCGUGUGCCCGCAGCGGGAGUUUUUUUCCCCGCUGUGGAAUCCGUGUGGGUGGAAUUUUUGGGAAUGCUUGGAAGGAGCGCUGGAAUGAUUGUGGUGAGUCCCGGGAACGCCGGAAUUCCCGGCGCCAUUCCCAGAUUUUUGGACCCUCCCCCUUUCUCCCCGUUUGACUCAUGCCUUAAAGAAAAAACAAAACAAAAAAAAACCACGUUUGGACUUUUUCUGGGAAUUUUCUUCCGGGAGCGCUCGGAUUUCGUGGAUCCUUCCCGGUUUUUGGGGGGGCAAUCCCAAAUCCCGCCGUUCCCCGCUCAGCAGAGGAAUUCCGGAGGCUCUGGAUUGCGCUGCCAGCGGGAUCAGCCCCCGGAGGAGCCCGGAAUUCCCAAGGAUUCGCUCCCGGAGCCCGGAAUUAAUUCCCAAGGAUUCUCUCCCGGAGCCCGGAAUUCCCAAGGAUUCGCUCCGGGAGCCCGGAAUUCCCAAGGAUUCGCUCCGGGAGCACAAACGUCGGGAAUGCCGGGGGGGGCAGAGAAUUCCCUGCUGGAAGAAGAGCCAGGAGCGAUUCCCAAAGUCCCAGCCCGGCCGGGUUGGGGAUCCUUGGAAUGUGGAGUUCAAAGAAUUUGGGGUGGAAAACCCCUGGAUUAUCCCAAAAAACACAAAAACAAAACCACACAAAAUAAACCCAACCACCGCGGAGAGGGCGCGAGGAGGAACUCAGGAAUUACACGAGGAGGCCUUUCCCGGAAUUCCCGCCGCCGAUCCCAGCUCCGAGGGCCGGAACCGUCGGGAAGAACAAACACAGACAAAAAAAAAGGGGGGAAAACCCUGGAAUUUUCCCCCUCCAAUCCUUCGGGUUCCAGGCGAAAUCCCACGGGAGGAGCAGGAGGAAAGUCGGAGUUUUUGUGGCUUUAAAAAGGAAUUUUUGGGAUCGGGGGUUUUUUUUGGGAAGGGUGGGAAUGUUGGGGUUUUUUGUUUUCACAGCCAUUGCACUGCAAAAAAGAAAAAAAAAAAGUAAGAAAUGAAAAUAAAAAUAAAAAACUUGGGAGAGUUCAGGGAAUUCCGGACUCAGGACGACGGAUCCGACGCCUCUCGGGAAUUCCAGAAUUCCCAACGGAGCCCGGGAGGAGGAAGAAAAAAAAAAAAAAGCAGGAAGAGGAAGGAAAAACAGAAAAAUAAAGCAGGAAGAGGA